UAUGAACCAACCCCCUUAUGUUUUUUAAUUUACGUCACCGCAAUUUUCUGUUGCCACUUGGAGGAUUGUAAACAUAUGUUUUAUUGCUAGCUACACAGAAAGCCAAAACGUACGAGAUAAUUUUUGUAUUCUGCCUGUAUCAUACAAUUGCUUUGUUUCUCAGUUCUGUGUAAUAACUGCACAUAUCAGCUGUUUAGUGGUCUGAAGCUAGCUAGCUGUCAUAAUAAUCAACACAAGAGACAGCAAGAAGACAAUAUAGCAAUCGUUACUGCAAAGCUGACAUAAUGGCAUCGUUGGCUGCACACGAGCCGAAUAUAAGCCCAAAUUCCAUACCAGUCCUCGCAGACGCUCUGAUGCCCGCGAGCAUUUUUGCUCCGGAUGGAGGAGGUUGUGGAGAUCAUGACGCCGGGGAAGAGUGCCUCGAGAACGGCGACCUCUUCAACGGCGAGACCGGGGAUCUCGGGAUUGACUUUACUAGCAAGUUGGCCCUGGUCAGCCCUAAUGGAGAGCAGUAUGACUCGUUACUACGACAACUCCGGGAGAGGAUGGACGAGGGUUGUGGGGAGACCAUCUACGUUGUUGGGAUGGGCUCAGACGGAGGUGACUAUGGUCUGGAUGAGGGAGACAUGGAGGCGUCUGUAGCCACAGUUCAGUCCCUGUGUGAGCAGACCGAGUCAGAGCUGAUCCUGCUGAGGGAGCGUAUCGAAGCUGGGGGGCAGGUACGCGACUACCUCAUCCGCCGACGCGUGGGUGAUCAAGACUUCUUGGAGGUCAGGGUAGCGGUGGUGGGUAACGUGGAUGCCGGUAAGAGCACCCUGCUGGGGGUGUUGACCCACGGGGAACUGGACAACGGCAGGGGGUUCGCCCGCCAGAAACUCUUCAGACACAAACAUGAAAUGGAGAGUGGCAGGACCAGCAGUGUGGGGAACGACAUCCUGGGCUUCGACCAGAAGGGACAGGUGGUGAAUAAGCCAGACAGCCAUGGUGGCAGUCUAGACUGGACUAAGAUCUGUGAGAGGUCCUCUAAGGUCAUCACCUUCAUAGACCUAGCUGGACAUGAGAAGUAUCUCAAGACCACAGUGUUUGGAAUGACUGGACACCUGCCUGACUUCUGCAUGCUCAUGGUGGGCAGUAAUGCAGGUAUCGUAGGGAUGACUAAGGAGCAUCUAGGUCUGGCCCUGGCCCUCAAUGUGCCUGUGUUCGUAGUGGUCACCAAGAUAGACAUGUGUCCUGCCAACAUCCUACAAGAGACGUUAAAGCUGCUCCAGAGGUUACUAAAGUCCCCAGGCUGCAGAAAGAUCCCUGUUCUGGUCCAAAACAAAGAUGACGUCAUCGUCACAGCCUCCAACUUCAGCUCUGAGAGGAUGUGUCCAAUCUUCCAGAUCUCCAAUGUGACAGGAGAGAACAUGGACCUGCUGAAGAUGUUCCUCAACCUGCUGUCUUCUAAAACCUCCUUCAGAGAAGACGAACCUGCAGAGUUCCAGAUAGAUGACACCUACUCAGUACCGGGUGUAGGCACAGUCGUUUCAGGGACUACUUUACGUGGAUUGAUACGUCUGAAUGACACAAUGUUGUUAGGCCCAGACCCACUGGGCAGUUUCCUCCCCAUUGCAGUCAAAUCUAUCCACAGGAAGAGGAUGCCUGUCAAGGAGGUGAGAGGUGGACAGACUGCCUCCUUCGCCCUCAAAAAGAUCAAGCGUUCAUCCAUAAGGAAAGGCAUGGUGAUGGUGUCCCCCAGGUUAAACCCACAGGCAUCAUGGGAAUUUAUGGCUGAGAUUCUGGUUCUGCACCACCCAACUACGAUAUCACCCCGCUACCAGGCCAUGGUGCACUGUGGCAGCAUCAGGCAGACAGCCACUAUCCUGACCAUGAACAGAGACUGUCUACGAACAGGGGACAAGGCAUCGGUCCACUUCCGCUUCAUCAAGACCCAGUACCUCCACACAGACCAGAGACUGGUGUUCAGAGAGGGCCGCACUAAGGCUGUGGGCACCAUCACCAAGCUGCUGCAGUCGACCAAUAAUCUGCCGUCAAACUUCAAACCCCCGCAAAUCAAAAUGCAGUCUACGAAAAAGUCCCCGUACCGCAGAGAGGAUGGAACCACGCCUGCCAAUGAGGACGAAGCGAGCACAGCCCGACCAGACAGUCCGCACCAAUCACAACAACUGAGAGAGGGGGAGGAUGACCCUCAGAGUAAUGAGGGAAACAAAGAGAGCAAGACAAAGUCAGGAGGAGGGAGCAGGAGACGAGGAGGACAGAGACAUAAAGGCAAAUCAAACCAGAGCAGCUCCACCACAGCAGCCCCGUCAUCAGCAGGCACAGGAGGUUCCUAAACUACACCCCUCUCAGCCCCCAAACUACAGUACUUCCUCCAUCCAGCUGUUUCAGCAGACAACUACCCCCCCUUCCCAAAACUACUCCACUACAAACCCAUUGAAAAAAUGGGGUCAUAAAAUGUCCCUUUCCCCACCUCUCUCCCUCUAUACCACCCGGCUAUCUAUCGCCUUAUCAAGUGUCUUUAUCACUCACACCAGAGAAAGUCUAGGUGAAAAGCAGCUCCCAGCUCUGUGCUUGUAGAUGGGUACCUCUGCCUCCUCACUCUCAUCUUAUCUUUGAUUAGUUUAGAAAGCAUCCUUAUUAUAUUUACAGUAUAUGAACCUGAUACGCCUUCUUUCAUUGGGUCUACGGUGAGAAUCACUGUAAUACUGUGUAUAGUUAAUCAUGGGCCCGAAGCCACAUGAGCAGCUAUUCCCUUACAGUAGAGUAACCCAGCUCCAUGCACUAUAGCUCAUUGUUUCACUGUUUAGCAGGCAUACUAGUUUCUCUCAUUUCCUAUUUACCACUAGAAUCCCCCAAUAUGACCUAAUGAAGCAAGGUCACAACUGACAUAGUGAAUGGUACAUUUGUGGGCCUUCAUUAAGGAUGAAAUAUUGUAGAUAAGAUGUUUUAUUGGCCAUUUAUGACCAAAAGGAAAGCCAGGGUUUGUCUGACUAUCACACCCUUUCUCAAGUCCAUCCUCCAUGGCCCAGAAAGGAAUUGAGUGUUUGUGAAAAAUAGAGAAAUAUCCUCCCCUCGAUAGCCACCUUUCAUGGAGGACAGUCAUGUGUAUCCUCUUCCUCUCUGAAGAGUUUACAACUAUACUACACCCCCUGUGGAUCAGCUGUUGUCUGACAAAAACAUGCAUUUAUCACUUUACACUUAUUUUGGGAUCACACCUGUAAAUGUAAUUUGCCUGAGCAGAGGAGUCGUCAUUUCAUACAAGCGCAUUUAUCCACGUUCGUCAUUUUUCAGGAGGCGAGAGGAGUUGAAGGCCACUUGUCCUGUCUAAAAUAAAUGAUUCUAUUUACACUGAAAAUUAGGUUUAUUUAACAAUAUAAUGUACACAUGAUUAGCAACUGUUUAAGUGAGACAUUGAUUGUAAUAAUAGUCGCAGUGCUGUUUGGACCAUCACUGUUUACUUAGUUGUGGAAUUCCAUUUGCUUCUGACAUUCACCAAUAAAAAUAGGCUUUAUUGAUCUCUGA